AUGCGGAUCUACAAGCACAAAACGCAAAGAUUGAGAGCCAGCGAGGAGCUGAUCCGUGAAGCGCUCGCGGACAUCAGAUUCCGGGGAUUAACGAUGAAAGCCGCCUCCGAGAAGUACGGAAUACCAUACACAACGAUGCAUUCGGUUAAAAAGAGAGCAAUUGAGGCAAUGGGCGACGCGUGGGGCGACGCCUCUGAGCCUACCCGAACGGGCCUCAAAAAAACCGGGAUGAUCUCCAAAUUUGCGUCGCGCCAAGUCUUCUCGUCCCAUGAGGAGCGAAAUCUCGAGGAAUACCUCAUUGUGUGCUCAAAGCUGAGCUUUGGGCUCACGUUGGAGGCGACGCAAAAGUUGGCGUAUGAGCACGCCAAAUUUCUGCAGCGACGAUGCCCGCCAAACUGGGAGCGGGAGAAAAAGGCAGGUAGAGAUUGGAUCGCUGGCUUCCUCAAAAGGCAUCGACAAAUUUCACUGCGCAAACCCGAAAAUACAUCUUUGGCCAGAAAUAUUAGCUUCAACAGAGAAAAUCUGAGUAUCUUUUAUGAUAACCUCGAAUCUCUAUUGAAGCAGCACUCCUUUGCGCCAUGCAGAAUUUGGAAUCUCGAUGAGACUGGCUUGAGCACUGUCCUGCAAGCGCCGAGAGUUGUGGCUCCGACCAAUGCCCGACAAGUCGGUCAGUGUGUGUCCGGAGAGCGAGGAGUAAUGGUGUCCAUCGUGGGAAUUGUUAAUGCAUCUGGAGGCUACAUGCCUCCAGUGUAUUUGUUUCCAAGGAAGCGGCUUCAGAGCGUCUUCAUGGAGGGUGCCCCGUCCGGGGCGAUUGGCCUUCACAGCCAAAACUCGAGUUCAUCCUCAUAUAUGGACACAGAAAACUUUUUGAAGACGCUCGAUCACAUCCUUGUCCAUGCCGCACCAUCCAAGGAGGACCCCAUCCUCCUCAUUCUGGACAAUCACGCUUCCCACACAAGUCUGGAUGCGAUCAAGAAGUGUCGGGAGAAUGGUAUUCAUAUGCUGACACUGCCGCCACACACGAGUCACAAGACUCAGCCAUUGGAUAUCAGUGUGUUCGGCCCAUUUAAGUCUUAUUGCAAGACUGCUUUUAAUGACUGGAUCACGGAAAAUGCUGGACAGAAGAUCACAUUGCACAAUAUUGUCGAAGUUAAUGGAAUGCAUCGAAUCCCCGAUGGAAAAUGCUUCACGAAACACUGCAGCGAAGACGCCACAGAUGCCAUUUGA